AUGUUCUUCCUGGCAGUGACUGGGAAUAGUGUCCUGCUUUUUCUCAUCUGGACAGAACAAAGCCUUCACCAGCCUAUGUUUUUCUUUCUUGCCAUGCUCUCCUUUGUUGACUUGGUUCUCUCCACUCUGCUCAAGAUGCUGGCCAUUUUCUGGUUUGGCAUCACAGCCAACAGCUCCCACUCUUUUCUUUUCCAGAUGUUCUUCAUCCAUGCAUUCUCUGCCAUGGAGUCAGGAGUGCUGGUGGCCAUGGCCCUGGACCGCUUUGUGGCCAUUUGUAACCCACUGCGUUAUGGAAUCAUUCUUACUCCCAUUGUUGUUGCUAAGAUUGGAGGCCUGGUGGUGCUGCGAGGUGUGGGGUUGGCCAUCUCCUUUCCAAGCCUGGCCCAUCGGCUGCCCUACUGUGACUCCCACAUGAUUGCCUAUACCUACUGUGAGCAUAUGGCAGUGGUGAAACUGGCCUGUGGGGCCACCACCAUGGAUAACCUCUAUGCCUUUGCUGUGGCAAUCUUUCUUGGUGUAGGGGAUGUGUCCUUUAUUGCUUACUCCUAUGGGCAGAUUGUGAGGACUAUGAUUCAUUUCCUUUCACCUGAGGCAUGUGCUAAAGUAGGCAGCACCUGCACGGCUCAUAUCUGUGUCAUCCUCUUCUUCUAUGGACCAGGAUUUCUUUCUGUAGCCAUGCAGCACUUUGGCCCACACACAGCCUCUGCUGCCAAGGUCAUCCUUGCCAAUCUCUACUUGCUCUUUCCCCCCGCACUGGACCCCAUUGUCUAUGGGAUUAAGACAAAGCAGAUCCGGGAGUGACUGUUUAAAAUUCUAAGCCCCAAGCAGAUCCAUCCUACCUGAGUAUAGUUCUCAUCGGCUAGACUUCAGGGGCCAGGGUGAC